CGGGAAUUAAAAAAAUACAGUUGUGGCUACGAUUUUUUUUUUAUCAAUUCCUCCGUGAAUCACUGAAUCCGCCACGGGGAGAUCCAUUCGAUAUGGCGUCUCUGUCGAUACCCACCGGAGGAUUAUCCGGAACCCUAGCUCCAUUUUCGUCCACGAAAAAUGGGUUAUCUUGGAUUUUCGACAAAGGCUCGAGAUUUGUCUCUUUUCCCAAUCGAAGCAGACCAAUAUCAGGAACGGCGGUCUCUUGUGCGUCGAACGAAGGCGUGGCUUCCACCGCUGCUUCUCCGGGGCUUUACUCGGCCCAGACCUUUGAUCUGACACCUCAGAAUGUCGACUUGGUUCUUGAAGAUGUGAGGCCGUACCUGAUCGCCGACGGAGGGAACGUCGAUGUUGUCUCUGUUGAAGACGGCGUCGUUUCGCUCAAACUCCAAGGAGCAUGUGGUACCUGUCCGAGUUCAACCACAACCAUGAAGAUGGGUAUAGAGAGAGUAUUGAAGGAAAAGUUUGGAGAUGCCGUGAAAGAUAUCCGGCAAGUCUUUGAUGAGGACAUGAACCAGACCACAACCGUCGAGGCAGUGAAUGCACAUCUCGAUAUACUAAGGCCGGCGAUAAAGAACUACGGUGGAAGUGUGGAAGUUUUGAGUGUGGAAGGGGAGGAUUGUGUUGUGAAGUACGUAGGACCAGAGUCUAUUGGGAUGGGAAUACGAGCAGCCAUCAAGGAGAAAUUCAAAGACAUAUCUAGUGUUACUCUUACAAGCUAGAAUAUGCAUGGACCGUAGGGCAUUCAUCAUACUCAAUGUGGAAGGAGGUACAUUUUAUUUGUAUAUUUGCAUGUGUUGAAGAGGCAGUUUCCCUUGCAAUACAUGGUAGCUUGAACGUGAACUACUACAAGUACAAGCAAAUAUAUGUGUAUGUAAUAAUUCGAAUCAAUGGUCCGAAUAGAAAGAGUUGUUGGGGUUUUA